AUAUUUAAUCAUGGAGCAGAAAAAUCAAGCAAUAGCUCUUUUGAAGAUCUUUCAAAUCUUAACGAGGCUGAUAUGAAGGCUGCAUCUGAAGCAUUAUUGGAUAAGGAGCGACAUGCCGGUAGCGAAGGUGCUGAGCCAGUUGCGCCUGCCGGAGAUUCGGACAGUGAUAGUGGUGCGCCCGCUUCUGUGGGCGAUGAAGAACCUUGUGGUUUGGGCAAUGGCCAGUUAAUAAAACGCGUUAUAAAGAAAUCGAAGGUGGAGAAGAAACCACAACGUGGUGAAUUAGUGACAAUAAGUUUUACCGGUAAACUGGACGAUGGCACCGUUGUUGAAAAGGAAGAAAACUAUCAAGUACAUGUUGGUGAUUAUGAGAUCGUUCAAGGUCUUGAUAUGGUUGUACCAUUAAUGAAUAUUGGUGAAGUAGCUGAAGUUAUUGAUCCUCGAUUUGCCUAUGGUUCAUUGGGUUUGAAAAAUGACAAAGAACCUGCAUUAAGCAUUCCUCCAGAAGCAACAAUAACAUAUGAAGUGCAUUUAAUCGAUUCUAAAUAUGAAGAUUUUGCUGACUUGAAAUCAUUUGAUAUACGCAAAAAAUACGGCACCCGUAAAAAGGAACGUGCUAAUUUCUGGUAUAAUCGCAGUGAAUUUAGUACUGCCAUACAAUUAUAUAGACGCGCUUUAGAAUAUUUAGAUAAUCGUGAUGGUGAUCCUGAUGCUGAAUUUGACAAAGAAGAUAUAGAGCUGUCAAAUUCUGAAUUACAAACCUUGUUGGAUGAUCGAUUGAUAGUCUAUAAUAACUUGGCAAUGGCUCAAAUCAAAAUAUCUGCUUUUGAUGCCGCCUUAAAGUCGGUGGAACAUGUUUUACGCUGUCAACCCAAUAAUUCCAAGGCUUUAUAUAGAAAAGGCAGGAUACUUGAGGGUAAAGGUGAUACCAAGGGAGCCAUUACACUUUUACAAAAAGCAGCUACUUUAGAACCAGAAAGUAGAGCAAUACAACAGGACUUGGCCAAGCUUAUCAUUAAAGCAAGACGUGAAGAGCACAAUGAAAAAGAAAUGUAUCAAAAAAUGUUGGGUCAGGCUAAGAAAUUGGAACAGAAAAAUAAACAACCUCAAAAACAACAAACUGUGGAAAGUUCUAAGCUAAAAUUACUCGGCUAUCUAAUGGGCUCCAUUUUAAUCGGUGUUGCUGGUGUGGCCAUUUAUCGUUAUAAAUACUGAAAAUUACUCCCCGAAUAAAAAAUAAAAACGCAACAAAUAUAA